ACUGAAUCCUCUGCCAUGGAAUCAGCAAUCAGAAUGGAUAGCCCAAUCUGCCUCAUUGAGAACAGGAUAGAAAGAGGAAGAGCAAAGCUUGUGGUGAACCCUGAGGCCGUCAACAUCCUCUCCAACAUCCACCAACCAGUGGUGGUGGUGUCCAUUGUCGGCAUGUAUCGGACUGGAAAGUCAUACUUGAUGAACAGGUUGGCUGGAGCUCAGAAAGGCUUCAGUCUGGGUUCUACAAUUCAGUCUCAGACCAAAGGUAUCUGGAUGUGGUGUGUCCCUCACCCCAUGUAUAAGGAUCGUGCUCUGGUUCUCUUAGACACAGAAGGUCUGGGGGACGUAGAGAAGGGGGAUAAAAAAAACGACAGCAAGAUCUUCGCCCUUGCAGUCCUACUAAGUAGUGCCCUGGUGUAUAAUAGCCUCGGCACCAUCAAUCAGGAUGCCCUAGACAAAUUAAAAUUUGUAGGGGAAAUCACGGAAUUAAUCAAGGUGAGAACUGGCAGCAUUCCGGACGAGCAAGCAACAUUUUCCACAUACUUCCCCAUCUUUGUUUGGGCAGUGAGAGAUUUUAAUCUGGAACUGGAGAUUGAUGGGAAGACGGUCUCAGCUGAUGGUUACCUGGAGAACGCCUUAAAAUUUAAAACACCUGAGAGGUCACCUGAGGAUAAGGAGUAUAAUGAGCUGAGGAAUCGCCUCCGGAUGUAUUUCGGGAAUCGGAGAUGCUUUGUGUUUGAUGCCCCAACUGACUCCAGAAAACAACUGAAGGAACUAGAACAUCUACCCGAUGAUAGACUCGAUAAAGUUUUUGUGGCUCAGAGCGCCCUUUUCUGUGAAUACAUUUUCAAGAACGCCGAGGUUAAGAGAGUGGACAUCACAGUUGAUGUCACUGGAUACCGACUGGGUGAGCUGGCAAAACUUUACACUGAUGCUAUAAACUCCUCUAAUGUUGCCUGCUUGGAGGAGGCGGUGGUUUCCUUGGCUGAGAAGGAGAACAAAAUUGCCAUUCAGGAAGCAACAGAGCAUUAUGAGAAGAGGAUGAGGACAGUUGUGAUGCCCACUGAAACGCUCAAAUAUUUCCUAUAUCUGAGCAGUUGGUUUGAAGAUGAAGCUUGGGAGAAAUUCCUGAAAAGAUCAAUUAAGGAUAAAGAUCAGAAAUUCCUUAAAGAAUUUGCGGAAAAGGUCGAGAGAAUGAGAAUGGAGUUUAACACUAUGAAUGAGGCGGAGUCUAGAGAGGUGUGCGCGGCCCUUAUUCAGAAGCAUUCAGCGGGCUUUGAAAGAGGUUUGGCUGUAGGAACAUUCCGUAAGCCUGGAGGACAUGGAAAGUUCAAGCGGAGCUUAAAAGCCGUGGAAGAAAAGUAUAAUAGGGAAAGAGGAAAAGGUGUAAAGGCAGAAGAAGUGCUUCAGCAAUACAUGAUGUCCAAACAAGCUGCUGAAAUAAUAAUUAUACAAGAGGACAAUGCUCUGAGCCAGAAACAGAAGGAAAAAGAAGUGAUGAACAAUAAAAAACAAAUGGAGCAAAUGAAAGCAAGACUCCAAGAAAUGGAAGGAGAGCAGCACAAGUCAGCUGAAGAGAUGGCCAACCUUAGGGCGACUGCUCAACAGUUGCAGCGGAUGUUAGGGCAAUAG